ACGCAUGCAGCAAGAAACGCGCACUUGGGCUUGGGAUAGGAUAGCCACUUGAAAACAAUUGAAGGAGUGAGAACAGAUUUUAGUAGAGUACCUAUUCGAAAGGACAGUAUCUAAGCGAUUCGUAUUUGCCUGUAUUUUGUUAUUGCAGUAAUGGAUUCUUUGCGUAUCUUGCUAGUUUUAAUAAUUGCUGUACUAAUGGUGCAGCAUGGAGAAACACUCAGAUGUUGGUCGUGUAACUCAAAUGGAGUGGAUAGUGCGGGGUGUGCCGACCCCUUUAUCGGAUCCGCGAAUAUACGUGAUGACGACUUAAUGUUCACGAGGGAUUGCAAAGGUGGACCACUACAGCUAUUGCCUAACGAAACUAAACACACAGAUGAACUUGGUCCUGGAUUGGAAUUGUUCUGCCUAAAAAUGACUGGAAAAAUUUUAGGAGUGAAAACUGUGAUGCGGACAUGCGGGUCAGGCUUUCGCAACCUCACUGAGACUUCUUGUAUGGGUUCCGAACCUCAUAAAGUAACAGGAGGAAACAUUCAAACCUGCGAUGCCUGCGCGGGCGAUUUGUGCAACUGGGCUACCAGAAUAACACCGAGGGCCGUUGUACUGUUUGUGCCACUUCUUCUGUUGUUGAUGUUGAAAGUGUCGGUGGGAUCCGUAUAGUCACCAUUAGAUAUAUCCAAGCAGCCAGUGUUCACAAAUAUCUGAACAAAAUUAUAUAUCUCCUUUGAUAUAUCUAAUGACGACUGUACGAAACAAUGUGUCUUAAGUAAACACUUAAGUGCAGUGUAUCCAGGUACCUACUACCGAAUAACUCCCGGAUGUCGGAUAAUUCCGAAAAUGGACUCUCAUGUAGAAUUAUGGAUGAUUUUGCAAUUACUUUACCCGCCAUUCGGAAGUGAUUUGGAGUUUACCCGAUUAACCUUGUAUCUUUUUGGACUUGUUUUUGCUAUGUGCCAUAGACAACAUUGGCUAUAAAUAUCUAUAGUUUUAUAUUGUUUUGAUAUUGUUCAAAUACAAAUAAGGAAAUUGUUUUGCUUUCUCUCUAUGUUUAGGCGGUUUGUAUUUUUAAAAUUAUAAACUUAUUUUUUAACAGUUUUUUUAUCUUGUAAUUUUUUAAAUUUUUUGUAAUUUAAUUUAGAUAUUAGGAUCAGUUUAGAUACACAUAUAUGAGAUAAAAAUAUAUGACUCGUUCUUCGUUUGUAAAAAGGGACAUUCAAUACCUAGCUAUAUUUAGUUUGUAUUUUUUGCACUUAACAACAAAAAGACAAUUCUGAUUUUUCGCAAAUAAUUAUAAGUUUUACUAUAAUUAAAAA